CUCACUGGUGACAUCAUUUCUGGUAUAAAAGACCAGUUUGAGAACUGAUGCACAUCCGAGACGCUGGUCUGGGCUGUGUACUGUGCUGUAGGCUGGUCAUCAUGCGUGAAAUUGUACAUCUGCAGAUUGGACAAUGUGGCAACCAGAUAGGCUCAAAGUUCUGGGAAGUGAUCAGUGAAGAACAUGGGAUCAAUGUAGCGGGACUCUACGAAGGAGACAGCAGUCUCCAGCUGGACAGGAUUAAUGUCUACUUCAAUGAAGCACAUGGUGGUAAAUAUGUGCCAAGGUCCUUGCUUAUUGACCUGGAGCCCGGCACCAUGGACAGUAUUAGAGGAAGCCGCAUCGGUGGUCUUUUCAGGCCUGACAACUUCAUCCACGGAAGCUCAGGAGCUGGAAAUAACUGGGCAAAGGGCCAUUACACUGACGGAGCUGAAUUGGUGGAGCAGGUGAUCGACAGAGUGAGAAACGAGAGUGAAAGCUGCGAUUGCUUGCAGGGCUUUCAGUUGGUUCACUCCUUGGGGGGUGGAACUGGCUCUGGCAUGGGCACCCUUAUUAUCAACAAGAUCAGAGAGGACUAUCCCGAUCGUAUCAUGAAUAGCUUCAGUGUGAUGCCUUCUCCAAAAGUCUCCGACACAGUGGUGGAGCCCUACAAUGCCACCUUGUCUGUUCAUCAACUCCUGGAGAACACAGAUGAGACCUUCUGCAUUGACAAUGAGGCCCUCUACGACAUCUGUUUCCGCACACUGAAAAUGUCCACGCCCACCUAUGGAGACCUCAACCACUUGGUGUCCAUGACCAUGAGUGGGGUCACCACCUCCUUGAGAUUCCCUGGACAGCUAAAUGCAGACUUGCGGAAGCUGGCUGUCAACAUGGUGCCUUUCCCUCGUCUCCAUUUCUUCAUGCCUGGCUUUGCCCCCCUGACACCACGCGGUAGCCAACAGUAUAGAGCCGUAACAGUCCCUGAGCUCACCCAGCAGAUGUUUGAUGCCCGUAACAUGAUGACGGCCUGUGACCCAAGGCGAGGUCGCUACCUCACUGUUGCUGGUGUAUUCCGCGGCAGGAUGUCCACCAAAGAGGUUGAUGAACAGAUGCUUGCAAUUCAGCAGAAAAACAGCAACUACUUUGUGGACUGGAUCCCACAUAAUGUUAAGGUUGCCGUAUGUGACAUCCCACCCAGAGGCCUCAAAAUGUCCUCCACUUUCAUUGGCAACAACACUGCCAUUCAGGAGGUAUUCCGCCGUGUGGGUGAGCAGUUUUCCCUCAUGUUUCGACGGAAGGCUUUUCUUCACUGGUACACAGGGGAGGGUAUGGAUGAAAUGGAGUUCACCGAGGCAGAGAAUAACCUCAAUGACCUUGUCUCAGAGUACCAGCAGUACCAAGACGCCACUGCUGAUCAAGACUCAGAGGCAGAGGAUGAGGAAAGAGAUGAGAGAGCAUCAUCACUAAUGCCAACUAAAGUUAACUCUCUGCUGGAUGUUCAGAUGGAAACGGUGACGGAAGCCAACAACGAAACUCUUGCUGACUAGAAGAUGAACUUGUGUGUUACAGUUCAGUGUGGUGUCAUGUCUGGAGGUAUUGUCCGGUUGUUAAGAUGUAAAAGCCAAAUGACAGAUGUUGGUCUAAAAAGGAGCUGGUACCAUGAAGGGUUCAGACUGAAAAUCCAAGAAGUCCAAAACCACAAAUUUUUAGUUGAGGACAAUAUGUGCUUGGGUGCUUAGAUACAAUCAGUGAGCAAAAUAUUAAUGAAUUGGAACAUAACAUUAUCAUUUUAUUUAUGGAAAGCUGUGCAUUUUCUCAUGUGUUUUCCUUUAAAUUCUUAUUUUAAGAUGCUUUUUUUUCUCAAUUAAGAAUGGCUUUACUGGGUUUUGCAUCUGAACCCUUCAUAUAUUUCAGUUUUUUACUUUGUUAAAACGUGCUGUCAUAAUACCGGAUGGAUGAUGUCUGUUUUUGCUCCGGAAAAGCUGAGGUUUCAAAAGUCCCACUCCUUUCACAUUUCAUAUUCCCAUGAAAUUUGACUGACAACUUUGGCCCCCAAUGACUGGACAAAAGCACCUCUUCCUGCUCAAAAUACAUAAUCAAGUAAUGUCAACCGGUCUCACAAAACUUGGUUAUUUUAAUGGGAAACAUAUCAUUAAUUUUAUUUUAACAGUUUAAUACAAUUUUCUCAUUGAAACAACCAAGUUGUCAUUUCAUUUCUUUUUUUUCUUUUUUUUUAAGAGUGCACUUGCACUCUAAUAUGAAUUUAGGGUUUUGGUAGAGACCCUUUUUUGCAGGGGGGAGGGGAGCGGGGCGGUCACAGGCCAUUAGGUUUGGCAUCCAGUUUUAUCUUGGUGUUGGUCACUGCAUACUUAAUUUUCAUUGUGACUCUACCAGAACAGUAAAAGUUAUUGAGGUCUGAAAUAAAACCCAACUUUUUCUUUUUAUUAUUGUUCAUACAAGUGUCCACAGUCUCACUUCAGUCCUAUAAAUUGCAACUCCUUGUCAUUUCACACAAACUUUUAUCUUGGUGAUGGCUAUUGCAUAUCAGUUUUCAUUGGGAUCCUACUGGAACCCUUAAAGGUAUUGGGGUUUUUAAAAAUCACCUUUUCCCUGUUGUUUAUACAUGUUUCCAGGCCCCCACUUCAGUCUUACAUAGUGGAUAUCUUUGCACUUUGGUAUAUUUUUACCUUGGUGUUGGCAGUUGGAGUCUUAAUCCAACCCAUAGCUUUGUAUUUGUAGUCUGAUAUGAACCUUGGGGACCACUAGGGAGCUUUCUCUGUUGGGUAGACUUCCUAAUUUGACACAGGUUUAUAUCGGUGUUGGCCAUUGUAUAUAUUCAUAGUGUUUUCACAUAAAAUGGGUAGUGGCAGCUUAGUGCUAUGAGCAGUGGUGACUUUUUUACCCAUUGGACAGACUUCAAGAGUUAGCACACCACUUCAUCUCAGCAAUACAAGGUGCAGUUUUUCCAAGUAGUAUAUGUUACAGCAUAUUUGCAUAUGUAUUUUGAAAAAUUCUUGUAUGCCUGAAUUUUUGCACAGUAUUUUGUCAAAGUUUUUUUUUCCCCCUGUCAGAAAUCACCCUUUGAUUAAGCUAUUUGUAUAUGUAGAAACAUUAAUGUCACACUAGCUCUAUGUGUUCUACUCCUGUUAAAAUGUGAUUGUGAUGUUAACACUUGGUCUUUUUUUUUGUUUGUUUUUAAAAGCAUAUUUUGUACAUCUUUCAGCGAUAUUAAUAAGCCAUAUUAAAAAAGCAAAAGCAACAAAAAUCACCAAACUAUUAAAACAUUUUAAUUCUC